AUGUCAUCACUCCAACUUCUAGAAUGUCCUUCGUGCGGCAAGGGCAGUUUCAAGGACCAUGUCGCUGUCGCUCGACAUAUGAGCCAACCUCGCUCUGGCUGCAAUACUUGGCUGCAGAAUCUGAUAUGCUUGGAUGAAUCGAAUAAUCCUGUGAAUAUGGAUGAGUCAGACAUCAGAGUAAAUAAUUCUGACAUGGAGUCUGGUGGUUUUGAAAAUUGGGAUAAGGUGUUCCAAGGGAGUAGAAUGGAGGACCAGGUUCAUGACGAGCAAACACCAACUCGCGAUUCGGAAGUUAUGGACUCAUAUCCUGACUGUGCACAAUCAUACGGCAGGGGCUACACGUUCCUGGACUUAUUCAAUAUGGACGAGAACAGCAAACACCGUGUUACGAAUCCAUAUUAUCCUUUCAGUGGCCAGAGAGACUGGGAGGUUGGGUCAUGGUUGCUUCACUCAGGGUUAAGCAUGGGGAAGAUAGAUAGUUUCCUUUCGCUCGAGAUGAUAAAGACCCUUCCGUUGUCGUUCAGUUCGGCCAAGGAACUAUGCGGCAGAGCGGAAAUGUUACCCAGCGGUCCACGCUGGAUGUCUCAAACAAUACCUACAAUGCAUCCCACGAAAUCACCUGUUGUCUUGUAUUGGUGUGAUCCCUUAGAUUGUGUUUCAAGUCUUCUCAACCACCCUGCCUUUCAUGAUGAGCUAGACUUUACACCUCGCAGGGUGUAUACCACUGCGCAGCAGCUGUGCCGUGUAUAUUCAGAAUGGAUGACCAGCGAUGACGUGUGGAAUAUGCAGUCAGCCCUACCAAGAGGUGCAACACUCCUCAGGACCAUUUUAUCUUCUGACAAGACGAAUAUAUCGACCAUGACGGGCGACAGAGUUGCACACCCCCUUCUAGUUAGUCUUGCUAACAUACACAUGUCCAUGCGACUCAAGUCGUCUUCGAAUGCCUUUGUACUCACCGCUCUACUUCCUGUCCCAAGAUUCAUCCAUAAGAACAAAUGCAUGUGA